UGCUUUUCAUCUGUUCCGCCUGUUUCUCCAUCAGUGCUCAGGCCCCAGGCUCUGGGGAGCUGAGUGGGGACGCAGGCCCAGAGAGAGCUGGACCCGGGGGUAUGUCACCCUCCAGGGAGGCUGAGGAAUCAUGGGACCUCAUCCUGCCCUGCGCAGCGGGACCUGUCAUGGAGAGAGAGGCAGAGCAGGUAACACCGGAGGAAGACUGAGAGCUGCUGGUGGGGAGUGGAGGUGCCGGCGGGAUUUGUCUUUCUUAAGAAAGCCCGGGGUCCAGAAGACAGUGCCCGAGGGAAGCCCUGUCUGUGAGCAGUCAGACCCUUCUGGUCCAGAGGAGAAGCUGCCCCUUCACCUGGACCUAUGACCCGCGGCUUCGUGCCCAGCCUGCCCAGCGAGUUCCACAAGAUGGGCUCCUUCCGCAGGCCCCGACCUCGUUUCAUGAGCUCCCCUGUGCUCAGCGAUCUCCCCCGAUUCCAGGCAGCGCGGCAGGCUCUGCAGCUGAGCUCCAACUCCGCCUGGAACAGCGUCCAGACGGCCGUGAUCAACGUCUUUAAGGGCGGCGGCUUGCAGAGCAAUGAGCUGUACGCACUGAAUGAAAACAUCAGGCGGCUGCUGAAGAGUGAGCUCGGAUCAUUCAUAUCUGACUAUUUCCAGAACCAGCUUCUUGCAAAAGGACUGUUGUUUGUGGAGGAGAAGAUUAAGCUGUGCGAAGGUGAAAAUCGCAUUGAGGUUCUGGCUGAAGUCUGGGACCACUUCUUCACUGAGACCCUCCCCACCCUGCAGGCAAUAUUUUAUCCAGUUCAGGGCCAGGAGCUGACCAUUCGCCAGAUCUCCCUGCUGGGCUUCCGUGACCUGGUCCUGCUGAAGGUGAAGCUGGGGGACUUGCUGCUGCUGUCCCCGUCGCGGCUGCCCUCGUCCAUCGUGCAGAUGCUGCUCAUUCUGCAGAGCGUUCAUGAGCCCACGGGCCCCAGUGAGGGUUACCUGCAGCUGGAGGAGCUGGUGAAGCAAGUCGUGUCCCCCUUCCUGGGCAUCAGCGAGGAGAGAGGCCUCCCAGGCCCCGCCUUUGCGCUGGCCCGGCGCCACUCCAGGGUCCGACCCAAGGCCAGUCUGCUGAACUCCGGCUCCCCGGUGCCAGCCGCCCGGCGACCCCCGCCCGACUCGGCGCUGAGCCCGCUCACGGAGCAGGAGGGCGAGGCCUACCUGGAGAAGUGCGGCAGCGUGCGGCGCCACACGGUGGCCAACGCGCACUCGGACAUCCAGCUGCUGGCCAUGGCCAGCGUCGCGCACCCGGGCCUGGGCGCCGAGCCGGGUGGCGGCGGCGGGGGGGAGGAGCGGCGCCUGCUGCGGCCGCCCAGCUUCCCCCCGGCCCACCGGCAGUGCUCCAGCGAGCCCAACAUCACCGACGGCCCCGACGCCUGCUGCCCGCUGGACCAGGCGGUGGGCGGCGAGCAGGAGGGCGCCGAGCUCAACUGUGCGUCCCUCAGCUGAGGCCCCGCCGCGGGCUCGCCCUGGCGAUGCCAGACUGAGGAUGGCGCUGUGCACCCUCUGUCCACCCACCGCCCCGUGCAUAGCCCAGGGACAAUGCUACUUUGCUCCUUUGGGGUGCGGGGUGGGGUGGAAUGAGGGUCCAGGCCUGCUCCGAGUGUCCUCGGGCCACAUCUGUUAUGAACCUCUCCCAGUUUGCGACUGUGACCAGCCCUGGGCACUCCUGCAGGCCUGCAUCUCUAUGUCCACUUGCUCCUGGCCAGCCUGGUCAGUGGACUCGCCGCCUCCUCUCUGUUGCUUUCUCCCUCUGCCCUUGAGACUGUCCCACGUACCCACCUGCCUGGCUACCGCUGAGGGUUGUGUGGGAUGCUUGUGGCUUUGGGGUACCCCUUUGGGUUGCUGUGAUGAGGGGGUCCACCUUCACUCCCUCCCGCCUCUGCUGCCCCUGGCUCUAUGUAGCGCCAAGGCUGCCACAGGCUGCCUCCUCCUCCCCCACCCCCACCCCCACGUGGUGCUGGAAUGCACCUUCCUAACUUUUGUUUCCCAAUGACUCUGGGGAGAGUCUCCCCUCUGGUGGGCUCUCCCCACCUCUGCCCAGAUCUCACGUGCUGCCUCCUCCAGGAAGAUGUCAGGCUUCCAGAGCUGGGAAUAGGCUCUUUCAUCAGUCUGGCAUCCCCUCCCUGUAUCCUCGUCCCCCUCACCGCCCCCCCCAUCUUCCAGGCUUCUUCCUAUGCCCAAGGAACUAACUUCCCUCUCCCUUUUCAGAAACCCUCCUUUUCCCUCUUUGGGGAGAUGGGCCACCUGAUGCCCACCAAUUAGUCUGUUCCUGGAUUUGACUUGAAUUUUUUUUUGUUAAUGUGCAUCAUUUCACACACACAAUUUGUUUGCAAAUAUUUGCACGCAAGCUCUUGCACUGUUCAUGCCCAUGGGUAUGUCUUCAGCCAGAAAGAUGAGCAAACUGGAAGACCAGAAGGG